GGGCGGCCGCCUCCUCGCGGGAGGGAUUCCUGGGGAAGCUGCAGUGUGGGGACGCUCUCCACCGAGUCCUGCCCCCGGUGUCUCUCCACCUCCUCCUCCUGCGGCGGCGGCGGCGGCAGUGAGCACCGCAACUUGAGGCUGCACCCCGGGCGAGCCCGGGGUGGUGCUCGGCUGGAAGAGGGGCUCUCCGCCCCGAAGGGGUGUGUGCAGGGUGGGGGCAGCCGGCUGGGACCAGCCGGUGGCCCUGGACAGCCUCCCACACACCCACGCCCACACACCCCUUUUGUGUUGCAGAGCGCUCGCGGGUCCGCGCGGGGACAGCGCGGGGAGCGAGACCCGCACCGCCUCCGGUCCUCUCUCCAGGGGAAACAGGAGAACUAGCAAGAGCUUGCCAGACCUUGAACAGCAAACGCCUGGACUCAGGUUGGAAGGCUGCUCAUUCGCCUCCUGCCUCCAUUCCUGCAAACUGCGCUGGAACUGCCUGAUUAAGAAAAAGAAAUUCUGAAAGAAAGAGAACAACAAAAAAGUAGCCCAGAAUUCCUUACAGAACUUUUCACCUGAACCUAAAAUGGUGAGCGAGAGUCAUCAUGAGGCCCUGGCAGCCCCGCCAGUCACCACCGUUGCGACUGUCCUUCCACAUAAUGCCACAGAGCCGACCAGUCCUGGAGAAGGGAAGGAAGAUGCCUUUUCAAAGCUGAAGGAGAAGUUCAUGAAUGAGUUGCAUAAAAUUCCACUGCCACCGUGGGCCUUAAUUGCCAUAGCCAUAGUCGCAGUCCUUUUAGUCCUGACGUGCUGCUUUUGUAUUUGUAAGAAAUGUUUGUUCAAAAAGAAGAACAAGAAGAAGGGAAAGGAAAAGGGAGGGAAGAAUGCCAUCAACAUGAAAGAUGUGAAAGACCUAGGGAAGACCAUGAAAGAUCAGGCCCUGAAGGAUGAUGAUGCAGAAACUGGACUGACUGAUGGGGAAGAAAAAGAAGAGCCCAAAGAGGAGGAGAAACUGGGCAAACUGCAAUACUCCCUGGAUUAUGAUUUCCAGAAUAACCAGCUGCUGGUAGGGAUCAUCCAGGCUGCUGAACUGCCUGCCUUAGACAUGGGGGGCACAUCUGAUCCUUAUGUGAAAGUGUUUCUGCUGCCUGAUAAAAAGAAGAAAUUUGAGACAAAAGUCCACCGAAAAACCCUUAAUCCUGUCUUCAAUGAGCAAUUUACUUUCAAGGUGCCGUACUCGGAAUUAGGUGGCAAAACCCUGGUGAUGGCGGUGUAUGACUUUGAUCGUUUCUCCAAGCAUGACAUCAUCGGAGAAUUUAAAGUCCCCAUGAACACAGUGGAUUUUGGCCACGUCACUGAGGAAUGGCGUGAUCUGCAAAGUGCCGAGAAGGAAGAGCAGGAGAAACUGGGUGAUAUCUGCUUCUCCCUCCGCUACGUCCCUACUGCUGGCAAACUGACCGUUGUCAUUCUGGAGGCGAAGAACCUGAAGAAGAUGGAUGUGGGUGGUUUAUCUGAUCCUUAUGUGAAGAUUCAUCUGAUGCAGAAUGGCAAGAGGCUGAAGAAGAAAAAGACAACGAUUAAGAAGAACACACUUAACCCCUACUACAACGAGUCGUUCAGCUUUGAAGUACCCUUUGAGCAAAUCCAGAAAGUCCAAGUGGUGGUAACUGUGUUGGACUAUGACAAGAUUGGCAAGAACGAUGCCAUCGGCAAAGUCUUUGUGGGCUACAACAGCACCGGCGCCGAGCUGCGACACUGGUCAGAUAUGCUGGCCAACCCCAGGCGACCCAUCGCCCAGUGGCACACCCUUCAGGUAGAGGAGGAGGUUGAUGCCAUGCUGGCCACCAAGAAGUAAAGGAAAGAAGCCUUUCUGCAUUUGCUCACAUAGUGCUCUUUAGCCAGAUCUGUAAAUACCUCAGUAAUAUGGGUCCUUUCAUUUUUUCCAGCCAUGCAUUUGUCACACAAUUCAGUGGUACUUCAAAUCCUGUUUUAAUUUGCACAGAUUUAAAUGUAGAGCGCCCCUAAGCCCUUCAUCAUACCACUGCCCUCCAAAUCUACUCUUCUUUUAAGCAAUAUGAUGUGUAGAUAGAGCAUGACUGAAAUUAUUUAUGGUAUCACACCUUGUAUAUAUCAGUAUGCUAAAGAUUUCUUUCUAGUUUGUGUAUUUGUAUGUUGUGUUUCAUAAUCUGUGUAUAUCUAGAUGUUUUUAAUAAGAUGUUCUAUUUUAAACUAUGUAAAUUGACUGAGAUAUAGGAGAGCUGAUAAUAUAUUAUAUGGUAAAUAUAGUAUUGUCUGCAUUCCAGCAAAAACAUCAACUUGUAAGGCGCUAGUACAGUUAAACUGACAUCUUAAAGGACAACGUAAACCUGAGCUUUCCAUUGAACCAUUUGAGCACCAAGAUGCGCUUGCACCACAUAAUUGGUGGGUGAUCCCUAUUUUGUAGAAUUCCUUCCUAGGCAAAAAUAGCAUGAUCUGAGCAACAGUCCCCCGGCUCACCUCAAGGAAGCAAAGCCACAAACCAGAAUAGCACCUGUCUGUACAUAUCUACAAAGCUAAAAUCGCGGCUUCACUCUUACAUUCAAGAAGCAACUGAACUGAAGGGUCCGUGAUUUCACAUUACUGAUAUGAGUAACGACAUGGUAGUCCAUGUGUACAUGUAACCGUGUUGGGGGGUGGUGGUUGUAUGUGAGUGAGUGUGUGUGUGUGUGUGUGUGUGCAUGCAUUUGUUUGGGGAUGGGGCAGGGGGGAAGACGGUCAGGAGAGAAGUCAACAUUUCUGAAAUAUUGCCUGACUAUUUAAAAAGAAAAAAAGUAGCUCUCCGCGAUCACCUUUGUACGAAAUGUGCAUCCUGUGAAUCCUGGCCAAGAUUUCACAACUAUGCUCAUUCCAAAAGGUUUGCACAUUAGACUUUGUAACAAAAUAUUUUAUUAUACAAAACCAGAUUGGAAGGAAUGCAGAAUAUUUUUAACAUAGCAAUAUGUGCUUAUUACACAAAAUUACUUUGUGGUAAACAGACAGUAUUGUAAUCCCAUCAAAAGAUUAAAAAAAAAAACAAAAAAACAACCACCAAUUAGCCAUAGUUCUGAAUGCACUUCAAUUAAACCAAAACAGACAGCUAGUAAUCUUUUUAUAUGCUCUUUUUACGUAAAUAAGUUUUCAUUUGUCCUUUAAAAAAAGGUGAAAAAAAAAAACAAGAACAAGUUCUAGCUAACUGGAGCAACCUCUUAUGUACACUAGAUGCUUGAUGUAGGAGUUUUUAAAUGUUUUUCGAUGUUAUUACGUAGUAAAUGGCACUAUGACGAAGCUACUAGUCAUUCCCCAGGCGUCUCCACGGACUGCUCUGUGUAACACUGUGACUGCCGUGUGCGCUUAGCCACAUAGUCCCCCCGUGGAUUGCGCUCAGUGUACCCGUAGUGAUAGCGUGACAAUACUGCCAUUCCCUUCUACUGCACUGCCCAGGGUGUGUGUAGCACAAACAGUUCUCAUUACAAAGGACCAAUUCAGAACUAAAAAGCUAUGCAGAGGACGAGCAAGAUACCCAGACUGGGGUGGAACACGCAGCAUUCUGUCAAGCACUGUGCAAUAGUCCAUGUUUGUCCCCACGAUGGUAACAACCACUUUGUGGAAGGGCAGCCUGUGCACUCACGCGGCAUCUGGGCUUCCCCCCCCACCCCCGCUCACUCCUAUGACCUGUUUUAAUUUCCAGGCCAUAGACAUAGUGAUGCUCUGCAGUGAAAAGUUCGUCUUCACAGGUACCAAAACAAAAUGGAGGGAAACUAAGCAUUAGCCUCGAGUUCAGACUUGAGGAUGUUACGCUGGGCUCUCCAUAAAAACUCAAGAGGAUGCAAAAUGGGCUGACAGGAGGCUUUGGACGUGGGUGGGUUGUUUCCUGGCAAGGCUGUAACUCCUGUCGUGAUUCAUUCCUCAUCAAAGAAGACACAAGCCCUUCCGACCUUUUGGCCCACUCAUAGCAAAACUCUUUAGAACUGAGACAGGCACAAGGUGAAAUGGAAACAGUAUCUCCUUCUGCUGGUGACUGUCCCUGUUUCUUAAAGAAACAUAGGUGAUGGAAAAUAGACAAGUCAUAAUGUGAGAUUAAGUAUCCGUUUGAACAGAAAACUCCAGGGAGACUCUUUCCAAUUUAAAGGACCAAAUCUUACCAAAGAGAGGGAGUUGAUAGACUUUUAAAAAUUCCUUAAAUACCAGAAACUAACAUUUAAUUUCACUGUCGUCAGCUUUAAGUUGUUCACCAUGAAACGACACUUUAAAACAAGCAGGUUCACACUGCCCCCUCCACACUCCUCCUCACACUGGAAGUACUGCUGAUGAUUCUCUCGCAACACUGCCAGGCAUGGGACUAUCGCCAUAGAAUUAGUUGGUACUAUGCCAUCUUUCAUUAAGUCAGCGAUCAAACCUGCUUUACGACCAAGGAUCGUCUUCAGAUAAGCCACGUGUACCUUUCUGACAAAGCUGUGUAAAGUAUUAGAAUCCGACGCUCUAGAAAGAUCCUAGUUGCCUUUGUGUAUAUUACUGCCUGCUUGAGUGUUUCUGUGUGUGGGUUUUCUCUGUAUCUUGUAGAAAUGUGCGGGUGUUUUCUUCUGCCAUAUGGCUCGUGGCCCGCGAGCCAACUACUUUAGCUGUAUUUUACCUUCAUUUUUGAUGAGGUGGUUUAAAUUUUGUUUCACUUUGUGUAGUGAAUACCACAGUAGUUUUCUGAUUGUUGUUAAAAAUGACUUAACCUAUUACAUGGAUAUUCAAUAAAAAUGUUUUAUUUCCUGUU